GUAAGAUCAUAAUUGAUAAUACGAAACCGGUGCAAUUUUUUUUAGUUAUUUAAUGCAUAAGAUUCAUUAUCAAAAAUCAAAAUCAUGAUAUUCAGAAACGGUUCGUUUGACUACAAAUCGAGGGCCAGGCCAUGUUUCUUCUUCCUCUCCUCUCGCAUGAUCGCAUCCACCUUUCUUUUCUUGACAUCGCAUCAUGGAUGUUAAUCGUUUUCUGUUUCGUUCCUGGUUCUUGGAACUUAAUCCAGGAGACAGAUUGGAAUGAUGAUGAUUUUGAAGUAUCUUUGUUUCCAUAUUGGUCUUUAUGUGCAUGUUUUCUCUCUUUUGUUGCAGUCUCCUAUGGUGGCAACAAAUGCAUGUAUGGAUCCAAAGAUCCAAACAUUAUUUUCUUGAAAUCUAAUAUCAUCAACCUUUUGAUUGUAAAUCUAAAGUGUCAACGCUUGCACAGUGGUGAAUUUCAUUUUAGCUGGUACCACUUUCAGAAAGUCACAACCGAUGACUUGUUUGAAGGAGGUCAAAGACAUGUUUCAAGAUCAGAUGUUAGGAAAGGAUUUAAAGCUCAAAGAAAUAUGAUCAUGUCUACAAAUCAUUUUUUGGAUGUCUAUCAAGGAAGUCUUUCAUGAGUGUAAGAAGAUACAAUUGUUGUGUGUUCUUAAAUCUUGUCAAUUAUAGUGGGCAUCAAUGCUGAGAAACAGCAAAACACUUCAAUUAUUUUAUCUAUAUUCUAUUCUGUGCUUGAUAAUUGUUGAUUCCUCUUUAAGAAUGUAAUCUUUUCUUUGAUGCUUCCAUUUUAAACCUUUCUUAUUAUGAGUCUUAAGAUCAUAUCACCUCGUUUUUUAUUGUUUCUAUGAUAGUUUUACUCAUAUUUACUUCUCAUCAACUCUUUAUUCAGACACUUGAUUCAUAGCAGUGUAGAUUAUUUGUUAUAUUUAACCUUUUGAUUUUAAUCUCAAGAGCAUCUCGUGUAUGUUGGUAAAUUGCAAUUGAGAUGUUUUUUCCUUUCUUAUUCACCUACUUGUCUUCCAUCCUCUUGAGAUGCUUGGGGUCUUUUUCUUUAUUUAAUGAAUUUUUCCAUUAUUAACCUUUUCAUUAUGAAUCUUAAUAACAUCUAAUUUAUUUAUACAGAGUCUAUAGUGGAAUUUUACAUUUUUUUUCCUUCAAAUUAAUCUUCUUUAAACGGUUUAUGAUCUAAUCCCAUAUUAAUAUAUCUUCAUUUGCUAAAUAACCUUUUAGAUUUGUUCAUGAGUAAGCAAGCCCAAAAAAUGUGUCUUCAACCCAUUGAGAUAGUUAGUUUGAUAACAUCUCAUUGUUUUUCAAACAAUUUUUUUUUUUCAGUCCAAUUGAUUCUGAAGCUUGAUAACAGCUCAUCGUUUUUCUGUGGUUAUAAAUUAUUAACCUUUUGAUUAUGAAUCAUGUAUCUUUACUCAUGUUGAGUUCUUGUUAACUCUUGCAUUGUGUUAUCCAUAUUAAUAUAUUUUCAUUCGUUUAAUAACCUUUUGGAUUUGUUCAUUAGGAAAGGUAGCCCAUGUUUGUGUUCUUCAACCUUAGGAAUCCUAUCUAGUUAUGUGGCUAUGGUGGAACCUAAUAAUACAUACAUGCAUGCAUGUGUACUUUAAUUUGGUUCUUUUCAACUCAUUUGUGGUGCUAAAUUGCAAUUGAGAUGUUCUUUUCAAAGUCCAUGCAUGUUUACUCAGAUUCCACUCUUGUCAACUCUCGCAUGCUGGUAUAUAUAUUAUAUUAUCAACCUUUUAAUUGUAAAUCUAAACAUAUUGCCUCAUGCACAGGUUAGGUUAUCUUCUUUUCAACUCUUGCAAUUGAGCUUUUUGUCUUUUUUUUUUCCACUUAUCUUUUGGCAUCCGAUCUGUUUAUAACAGACUAGUGAACUUUCACCAUUAUGUUAUUGAAACUUUUAAUUUUGGAUCUUCUGAGAUUUUUUUCUACAAUUCCUAUUGCAUGUAUAUUUACUCUGAUUUGGUUCUUGUCAACUCAUACAUGGUGUUAAAUUGAUUUUACUAGCUAGCAUCCUAUGAGUUUAUCAUUUUGCACUUUCAAUUUUAUAUUAGUGACCUUCUGGUAUGUUACAAAUUUAGUCCCUAUUCUAUAACACUUGUAUUCGGAUAUUACCCAAAAACGAAUUUUAUCCUUGUGGUUCCAUUUUCUGUUAAAUUUGGACUUCACGCCCAAACUAAAUCCAUGUGAAAUGACUAAAUUGCCCACAUUUUUUAUAUUUUUACUAUUUCACAACAAUGAACUUUGAAGUAAAUGAUCCAGACUUCCAUUUUUACUUCUCAUGAGUUGUAUCAUAUGUAUUAUUAGGAAUCAACUUUAUUGAUGCUAUGCAAUGCUGAAAACAACUCGACUACUUGCCUCAUAGUUAGUUUCUGUGCCUCAUAGUUGGUGAUUUCUCAAGAGUCAAGAGCAAUGCAAUUUUUCAGGACUUAAUGCUAGAAUUUAAGGGGCACAAAUAGUAGAAUCUAAGGUGCAUAAACAAACAUGCCACUCCUCUUCCAUUAUGUUUGAGAUAAUUGAUGAUUUCUUUAGCAUGUGUAUUCAAUUUUGUGUGUUAUCUUUAAGCCUUAAGUGAGGAGUAGAAAAAUGUAAUAUAUAUCCUUCAAUUCAUUUUGAUCAUGGCGCCUUGGUUAUUUCACGUCUUGUGUGAACAAAUAUUAUGUUAUAUGUUUUCUUUUUUGAUUAUAUAGUUGUUUCUUAGUUGUCUAGGCAUGAUACAAGAUGUGUUAUUUCAUAUAUAGGCCUAUUUGUGAUGUCUCUUACAUUUUGAUGAGAUGUCUUUUCAAUGUCCUUUCCAAAAUUAUUAUUAACCUUUUGAUUUGAACUUAAGUUUUCCCUUCUUUUUCUGCUCACCUUUUAUUAUUUUUUAUAGUUUACUAUUUUCUCCUUUUGACUUCCUUCGAUGAACGUAAAUCUUGUUGCAUUUUUUAUCCUUGUAGUUUCAUUUUCUUUUGGAUUUGGUCUUUGUUGAAUGUCUAUGAUGAUAUGAGCUUUUGAGGCUGAUGUCAAGACACUCUUGUUUAAAAUUAUGGCCUGAUUCCAUUCUUUUUAACACUUGCAUGGUGCUAAAUUGCAAUUAAGCUUGUUUUAUUCUUUUUCAAUUCAUACUCCUGAGCAUCCUGCAUAUUUAGAGCAUUUUAUGCUUGAAACCUAUAUUGUCAACCAUUUGAAUGCAAAUUUAAAGAUCGCAUCAUGCAUAGAUUAUCUUCUUGUCAACUCUUACAUGGUGUUCUUGAAAUCUUGAAUUUAUAACUUUUAAUUAUGAAUCUGCGCUUUUUCUACAAUUCCUAUUGUAGCAUUAUUUAGAACUAAAAAGAUGGAGAAUGAACCUUUUCUCCCUUUUCUUCUUCUACGCACUCCGUCUUCGCCAAAAGCGAUCGUCGGGUACCUGUCUAAUGCGGACCUGAGAAUACAAGCGGUUUGAAAAUCAGCAUAAAGCUGGUGAGUUCAUAAGCAGUUAGUUUUUUGAAAAUGUACGAGUUCCUUU